CCAUGGCCAUGGUGGCCGGCGGCUGGGGCGAGCCCAACGGCGGCGGCGGCGGCGGCGGCGGGGAGGAGGCGGCGUCCCCGGCGGGCGGCGGCAGCGACGCGGAGCACGGCGAGGAGGAGCGGGCCGGGGCGCCGGUGGACUGCGUGGUGUGCGGGGACAAGUCCAGCGGGAAACACUACGGGGUCUUCACCUGCGAGGGCUGCAAGAGCUUCUUCAAGCGCAGCAUCCGCAGGAACCUCAGCUACACCUGCAGGUCCAACCGUGACUGCCAGAUCGACCAGCACCACCGCAACCAAUGCCAGUACUGCCGCCUGAAGAAGUGCUUCCGCGUGGGGAUGAGGAAGGAAGCCGUGCAGCGGGGCCGGAUCCCCCCCACCCACUCCAGCACCAGCCCCAACACCAUGCCCAGCGGGGAAUACUUCAACGGGCAGCCGGUGUCGGAGCUCAUCUCGCAGCUGCUGCGGGCUGAGCCCUACCCCGCCGCCCGCUACGGCUCGCAGUACGCGCAGCAGGGCAGCGUCAUGGGCAUCGACAACAUCUGCGAGCUGGCCGCCCGCCUCCUCUUCAGCACGGUGGAAUGGGCCCGGAACAUCCCCUUCUUCCCCGAGCUGCCCGUCUCCGACCAAGUAGCCCUGCUACGGCUCAGCUGGAGCGAGCUCUUCGUCCUCAACGCGGCGCAGUCGGCGUUGCCACUGCACAUGGCCCCGCUGCUGGCCGCCGCCGGCUUCCACGCCUCCCCCAUGUCGGCUGACCGCGUCGUCUCCUUCAUGGAUCAGAUCCGCAUCUUCCAGGAUCAGGUGGAGAAGCUCAACCGGCUCCAGGUGGACUCGGCUGAAUACAGCUGCCUCAAAGCCAUUGCGCUCUUCACGCCGGAUGCCUGCGGCCUCUCGGACCCGGCGCACGUGGAGAGCUUGCAGGAGAAGGCGCAGGUGGCCCUCACCGAGUACGUGCGCUCGCAGUACCCCUCGCAGCCCCAGCGCUUCGGCCGGCUCCUGCUGCGGCUGCCGGCUCUCCGGGCCGUGCCGGCUGCUCUCAUCUCCCAGCUCUUCUUCAUGAGGCUGGUGGGGAAGACGCCCAUCGAAACACUAAUCAGGGACAUGCUGCUGUCCGGGAGCACCUUCAACUGGCCCUACGGGACGGGGCAGUAGGGGACAGAGCCUCUCCCGCCGGGGACACCCCGGGGAUCCCCAGCAGCUGGACCCGGAUUCCCUCCAGCACCCUGAGACGGUGCCGGCCCCAGGGAGCCCCGAACUGCACCGGCCCCCAGCACCCCAGCUGUCUCAUAGCUCCUCCGUCCGCCGCAGCUCCUCCCGAAUGCAGCGGGGUCGCGACGUUCUCCUCCUAAACCCCAAGGUACUGGCCAUGCCGCUGCUGUCGGACACCGAACUCUUCCGUACCCCCGACAAGCGGAGCGCCCUGGCCCCCCCCGGUCUCCCCUGGGGACCUCGGAGCAUCCCCAGGGCUGGUCCCUUGCUCUGCCCCCGUGUCGGAGCCGGGCUGGAGCCCGGGGAGGGGGACGCUGUCCUCUGGUUGCCUCUCCGAAUCUGAAUUUCAGAUGGCAGGAGGCUCGGGUGGGAGGCGAGGGGAGGUGGGACCAGCCAGGCUGGGGUGCAGGGGGGCUGCGGGACCCCCUGC